AUGGCUUCACCGUGGAACUCAAACAUUCCACCGCCUCCAGGUACGACUGGCUCGUAUGGCUAUCAGCAAGUUGCGCCGAUAGUUGCCCCAGCUUAUCACCCAGUGCAAGUCCGACAAUCAUUUAAUCAAGCCCCACCCAUAAUGUAUAACCCAGCAGUAAUCCCCCCUCAAUCACCCCCUCAAUCAACACCUCCUGUCCAAAAGAAAAGGGACUGGCCACAGUCAGUUCGUAGCUACGUUCAGCGCUCAUUUGACGUCGCAUAUGCCAUCGAGGGUAUCGAGCGCACAGAUAUGGAAGACAUGUUAAAGAGGACCAUCACCGAAGCAUCCGAUACCGACACACUCUACACUCGUGAUUGGAACAACUAUCCACUUCCUCAACAAUUAAUUCAAAAGGAGCGUUCGAAGGCAACACUAGCAUGGCAACAGGAAUCCUUAAACUUUCAAUUAGCCGCUGCCGGCUUGUCUAUUUUGGGGAAGAAGAGAAAAUCUAUUGAAGGCAACAGUGAUGAGAACCUUACUGCACCGCCGCCGUGGCGUGGUAAUAAUCGCACUGGAACUGAUGAUCGUGCCAACUUGACGCCUUCCAAACAACGUUUCGAUAAACGACAACCAAUCCAGGACGAGCUCUCUUUCAAAGGUACAAGUAAGUUUCAAAAAAACCUGGAGAAGCGACAAAAACGAUUUGAUGGUGGCUAUAAAUCUACCUACAAAUCUAAAACACCAACGCCGGAACCAAUGAUGGGCCCUUUGAUUGGUGCGAAUACAUCUUUGGAGAAGGAGUACUUCCGUUUGACUACUGCACCCGUGGCUUCACAGGUUCGCCCUGAGUACAUAUUAAGGGAAACACUAGAUCUUUUGAAAAAGAAGUGGAAAAAGGAAGGGAACUAUUCUUACAUUUGCGAUCAGUUCAAAUCCAUGCGUCAGGAUCUUACCGUCCAGCGUAUCAAAAAUGAGUUUACUGUCACCGUCUACGAAAUCCACGCACGUAUUGCAUUAGAAAAGGGGGAUCUCGGUGAGUAUAAUCAAUGUCAGACCCAACUUCGGGGUCUCUAUGCCCAGAAGAUUGGAGGUAAUCCAGUGGAGUUCAAGGCAUAUCGUAUCUUGUAUUUCAUUCACACAGCUAACCGCACGGCACUAAAUGAUGUCAUUGCGGAUCUAACAAUAGCAGAGAAGGAAUCAGAAGCGGUAAUACACGCCCUGAGUGUACGUUCGGCGUUAGCCUUGGGAAAUUACCACAAAUUCUUUAGACUUUACCUCGACACCCCGAAUAUGGGAGCCUACCUUAUGGAUAUGUUCGCCGCCCGAGAACGCCUGGCUGCGCUGUCUAAGAUUUGCAGAACCUACAAACCUGAGGUCAAAUUAAGGUUCGUCACAGAAGAAUUAGGAUUCGAGUCCGAUGGCGAUGCUGCCCAAUUUAUCUGUGAUCACAACGGACAGGCCUUGCUAGUGGAGAAAGAUGGCGACCUUCGAUUUCUCUCUGGUCAAGCCGGCCAAAUCUUUGAGAACGCAAAAGCUGAAGCCUUCCGCGCGAUUGAUAUCAAGGGCCAAAUCUAA